AUGGCGCUAAACGACUUCAUCAGGAAGUACGUUGAUCCCGAUUUCGUGGUCGAAGGCCGCAAUGUAAAAAUGGGGGUGUUUGCGCGUAGGCCUGAGAGGUACGUCACGGACCCGGACCUUCGCGGGGACAUUCUAAGCGUACCAGCGUACCAGCUCCUGGAGGACGCACGCAAGCUUGCUGAGCACAGGGUGCAUUGUCUUCAACACUGGAAAGAAUUUGAUCACAGGGAGAUCGUCUCCAAUAUUUCAUGGGGAAAGCUUGACGGCGCGCUUAAGGUAGUGGAGGAAAACGAAAAGGCAGUACAGGUGGAGCAAGAAAGGGCACGAAGGGAAGAGGAAGAAAACAAACGGCGGGAAGAAGAAAGGGCAAAAAGGAUAGAUGAAAUUGUCAGACAACCGUUGCCGGACGGAUUCUACGCCUCUGUGUUCAACGCGAAAUGCAGUCACGUCUUGGAAUUUCCCGAGGGCGAAGGGAAUAAUAUGGUGGUGCGAAUGGAGGUGCGUGAGGGCCAACCACCGGCACAGUUGUGGGAUUUCACGCAGUAUGGCUUUACUCUUCUUCCGGUGGAAGAUGCAGAGCAAUUUAUCCCACCGCGUCCCCGGCUGAUGAUACUCUCGUCCGAGUAUAAGUGGCCUUACUCGCUGCGGCAGAAAGAGAACAUUGAAGAUUGCUACAUUAACCGUGAGGUGGAGCGGGUCUGGAAAAACGUCAAAGGCGAGCUGACCGGCUUGCUUCGCACUAAAGAAUCAAAACGAGAGAUAUGGCCGCGUGUUUUGGUUGGGGCACCGGGUAUCGGGAAGUCGAUGAGUGUUGGCUCGUACCUCCUUUACAAAUUGCUCCACUACGACCCCGCGAAACUCCAAGUGGUGGUGCACUGCUUUGGGGGAGAUUUGGCCUUCGUGUUUGACAAAGAAAAGCAAACGGUGACAGUACACGGGAGUGCAUGCAAUGUCACCAACCUUUUGUAUGAUUUGGUUGGGCGUGGAAAGAGAGGGUUUGUUAUCUACGACGUGGAUAAAAAAGGCAGUGAACCGUCUUGGGAUUAUCCGCCCUCUGACACAUGGGGCAUCAUUGUGUUGUCGUCACCGAACGAAGAUAACUACGCAUCAUGGAAGGAGCAAAAGGGUGCCGUGCGAACCGUCAUGAAUUGUCCGGAAGAGCUUGACGUGAAGGCGAUGUGUGCCUGGGCGACGCGCAAUCAGUCAUCGCAGGAGCAAAAUAAUUACUGGGAGACGGUCAAAAAUCGCAUUUAUCGUGUGGGGCCAAUUCCACAAUACAUCUUCAACGAGAGGGGCUUCUCGCGGCACUGUGGGGAGGUUCGGUCUGUUUUGCGAGCGCUCAGGGCUUCGGAUGUUGAAGAGUACUUUGUCGGGAGCGGAGGGAGAAUAUGGCAUACUGACAAUCCGUUCAACGAAAUUGUGAAAGUUGUGCGAGAACACGUCGAGGGUGGUGAGAUGUUUUUCAGCGCAGUGGCAUGCUAUCGCCUCGGGUGCCUAUCAGCGGACUGUUUGCAGGCGGCAAUGAAGAAGAAAGAUUUUUGUUUGCUGGCAUUGGACUCUUGGAGGAACGUUCUCUCGACAUUUCUGGAAAAAUGUAUUCUGACCGCACUCACGGAGAGGGCCUUUGUCGAUGCAGUAGUAGGGAAUCUCAAGGAGCUUCGGCCAUCAACACAGCGCGAGACAAAAGACUGCGUUUUGGCAACAAAUCCUGGGUUGCACCCCAAGGUGACGUUCAGCUUGGAGGCGAAGAGCUCUAGGACUGAGACGAUUGACGUAAACUGCGGGGCGCUGUACAGACCGAGGAUCCCAAACUUUCCGCUGGUGGACGCCUUCUUCUUUGUGGCGUCACCGUCGGGAAGGAAGAUGGUUGGGCUGCAGUUUGCAGCGGCGAAGGCGCAUGACACCACCGCCAGCAACCUGAAGCUGUUCAAUGAGCACACGGCGGGGUAUUUUACUGCUUGGGACACUUUUGCCGAAGGCUUGUCGUGGGAGAGUUUUGACGUGCAAAGUCGAGGCAGUGAAAUAAUAAACACAUGGCAGCGGUGCGGCAAUUCCGCGAACCCGGGGGAGAAUGAAAACAAGAAAAUUGCGGAAUUCUGGGAAGAAAAGGUGUAUCAGUACCAGGUGGCGGUAUCAGACGAAGAUUUCAAAAAUAUCGACAAUGUUUUAAGAAGGCGGCAGCUGGGGGAUGCAAUACAAAUUUGA